AAGCCUUGUCUUCCAACGAUGUACCCCACUUUCGACUUCAACACGACCGCCGAAGAGGUUGCGACGGCCUUUGCAGAACAGAUCAAGGGCAAAAAUGGUCUGUCGGCAUGAACUGCAUGCUGGAAUAUGCUCAAUUCAUAUCGAUAGUCCUUAUCACCGGGACAUCACUCAACAGCCUUGGAUUCGAGACUGCGCGCGUCGUGGCGAAAUACGCGAAUCUGGUCAUCAUAACGGGAUACAACACAGAGCGACUCGGACUGGCACAAGCUGAACUACAGAAAGCAGGCCCUCAUGCCGAAAUCCGACCACUCGUCAUAGAUCUCGCCUCGCUUAAAGACGUGCGCAGGGCGGCUGCUGAGGUCAACGCCUACGCAGAACCCAUCCACGUCCUGGUCAACAACGCAGCCGCUGCAGUCGGAGAUUUCAAGCUCAGCCCAGAGGGCUACGAGAACCAACUCGCAACCGACCAUCUGGG